AUGGAGGACGAUAAGACCGGAGACGGUGCGAAUCCGGUCCUGGUAGCGGAGAUCAACGAUGUCAGACCAUUUGCAAGACUGCUCAGAGGUAUCGGUCUGAAGAACAUGGCCACGGUGACAGUCAGCAAAGCGGGCUUCGAAGUGACCGUGGAAGAAGUCAAAACGUUGUGUGCUAUCGCAUGGAUUCCGAAUACCCUCUUUCAGACCUUCGAAUUCAACGAGCCAGAAGCUGAUGGUCAAGGCCACGCUCAGCCGGCCUGCUUUGAAGUCUCUCUCGACGCGCUUCUUCAAUGUCUCAACAUAUUUGGGAAUGCCACGAGUGGCCCGGUAGUCAGUACAUUCAGUGUGGGGACCAAGCGAGGCUGGGCUGGAGAAGGUGGACCAAGAGCAGAAGGCGAAGAAGGUGGUGGGGCAGGUGCUGGCGAGACGAGGGGUGGAGGUGGAAAUGCAAGUAAGAAGGGUCGGACGGGGAUGCGUAUGAGCUGGCAGGGACCAGGACAUCGAUUGUCCGUCAUGCUGCAAGACGACCCCAAGGGACCUCUGACGACGUGCGAAUUCAACCUAUAUGAGCCUGAGGAGCUCAUGAAUCAAGAUUUCAACCAGGACGAUUGUGUCCUAUAUCUCAUCAUGAAGUCCGAAUGGUUCCGAGACGCUCUAGCUGAUCUUCCACCAACUUCUCAACGGAUCACCUUGACUGCCACACCUCGCGAUCGUCCUCGACCCGAUGACGAGCUUGGAGCGACGAUGAAUUCCAACGAUCGCAGGAGUCAACGUGCCGACGUAGGUAGCUUCGCUAUCAAAGCAAUCGGCGAUUUCGGAUCGACAGAGCUGGACUACCCCAAUGAUAGGGAAGUCAUGGAUAAAUUCGAUUGUCCGGAAGAAGUCAGCUUUAGCUACCACUCGUCUCACUUUGCUCUCCUUACCCGGGCACUCCAGUCGUCCAUUAAAAUCUGCCUGCAGAUCGAGAAUUCCGGGUUCCUCUGCGUGCAGAUCAUGAUGCCCGUCAGUGAAGGGGUAGCUAUGGGGGGUCAUUCGGGCAUCUUAGAAUUCAAGAUGCACGCCCUGGCAGAUGACGAAUCUUAG